UGCUUUAGUUUGAUUAGGUGAGCUGGGGGGAAGUCUGAUGAGGUGAGGUGAUGUUAGGUUAGGUGAAGUGAAAUUAGGUUAGGUCAUAUCUAAACUUAGGUUAGGUGCGGUGAAGUUAGGUUAGAUUAAGUUAUGUUAUGUUAGAUUAUGAUUAGAACUGUAGGACGACUAAUAAAAAAGAUAACAAUAACAAUAAUACUAAUGGUGACAAUAACAAUAACAUACUUCUAGAAAGCUGAAAGUCAUUUACCACAACCAUUACCAUUACUACCACCACCAUCACAGCCGAAAACAAUACCUCUUCAUGCUGCCUUGUGCUUGUGGUAGGCUGGUAAGAGUGGCACACCUGAAGGGAAGUCAGGCGUGAGAACUGAGGGCCUUGCUAUGCUACGGGGCGUGUGUGAGGAGCGUAAGGUGAAUAAGAAAUAGAGAGAUGCGUGGGGAAAGUAAAAUAUUGCUUACUGGGUAUUGUUACAAGCUUGGGAGUUAGGUUAGGUUAGAGUAUUAGGUGUGUGUGUGUGUGUGGGGGGGGGGGGAGGGAUAGGUGUGGUGUGGUGGGUAGGUAUGUCUGUGUUUGGAAUGAAGUGUGAUGUUGCUUGUUAGGUGUUGUUACAAGCUUGGGGGGGAUUAGGUUAGGUUAGGUUAGGAGAGAGUACUAGGUGCGUGUGUGUGUGUGUGUGUGUGUGUGUGUGUGUGAGGGGGUGGGGGUGACAGGUGUGGAGAGUGGGUAUAUCUGUGUGUUUGGAAUAGUGUGAUGUUGCUCACUAUGGUGUUGUUACAAGGCUAGGAAGUGUGAAGUUAUUGAAAGUUCUGUAAAUGCCUGUAAAAUAUCACGAAUGGACUUUUUUUUUUAACCAUUACGAAGAAACACAAUAAAAAAACAAAAGAUAAGCAAAGAUAAAGAAAAAAAAAGGUCCUUAAUACCCUGUAAAAAAGUCACGAGAAGAAUGAUUUUCACCAUCACUGCCGGAAAAACAAUCAAUGAAAAACCACGCACGUAUGAAACUAUAAAAAAAAGGAUGGAUGGGGCAACAUAUGAAAGAGUAAAAAAAAAAAAAAACACGUAUGAAAGAGUAAAAAAACGAAAAGGCGCGUAUAAAUAAAAAAAGAGGAGAGGAGGACGAGGACAGCGGGAGGACAGGACAGCGCGUGGCGGAGUAUCGUUUGGUCUGUAAAGGUUUGGGGACAUGAGAUGGCGCUCGUUGGCUGUCACUGGAUGAUGCCAUGAAUGAGCUGAGGGAUGUAAGUACCACCACACACACACACACACACACACACACACACACACACACACACACACACACACACACGCCUACCACCACUCCCAGGUCCAUAUUGUGAAACACUUCUGCGCCGCACCGCCACAGCAUUCAAAAGGCUCUUUAUAGUUGAAGUUACACCAGUUUUUAAGGGCGUCUUUAUGGUUCUAGUGAUAGAUAAACAAGAUUUCUUCAUUAUUAACAGGAGAAACACUCUUGAGAGCGCGGCUUUCAUCUCUGUAGCUUCGGAAAAUAGCUGUGAUUGAUAUACAUGAGUUUAUAAGGAUGUUUUGAUGGUUCUAGUGGCAGAUAAACAAGAUUUCUAUAUUAUUAACAGGAAAAACACUCUUGAGAACGCGGCUCAUCCUCUCUGUGUCCUUGGAAAAUGGUCAUGAUGAAGAUAUACGAGUUUUUAAGGAUGUUUUCAUGGUUGUAGUGACAGAUAAACAAGCUUUCCACAUUAUUAACAGUAGAAACACUCUUGAGAACGCGGCUCAUCAUCUCUGUGGCCUUGGAAAAUAGUCAUGCUGAGAUAACGAAGCGCUUCAGAAUACGAACCUGCAUGACUCCCACCACUCCUACCACACCCUAAUCCACUGCGGGCUUCGGGGUUUAAUAUCUCGCUAUUCCGGUGAUCUCUCGCAGGCGUGUGGUGCGUGUGGUGGGGAUGGAGGCGUGCGUGGAGUGCCUGGUGUGCUUGUUGACUCAGAGCCACCGCCGAGCCACGCAUUGCUUCCCAGAGUGUUAUGAAUAGUGCUUGCCGUAUAUGAGUAUUGGCCUCAAGCUGCGCCGGGACCUUAUCAGCCUCGUCAGACAUCAAAGCAGCGAUGUUGUCGCGGCCCACCUUGCUGCCGGAGCUCGGGGGAGGCGACAUGACCAAGCUGUGCAACCACCGCAGGAAGCUUGCCAUCGCCUUUACGCACCACCUCCACAACAACGCUAAGAAAGAGGAUGGCAGGAAGAAGCGCAAGAGGAAAACAUCGGAAAGUGUGGAUGCACCACCACCAGGGAGAGGACCCACCCCCUCACAGCUGCCCAGAGGCACCCCAAGUCCUGCACAGCUGCCGAGAGGGACUCCUAGCCCAGCGCAGCUUCCUAGAGGGACACCAAGCCCUGCACAGCUGCCUAGGGGUACUCCAAGCCCAGCACAGAUACCCAGAGGAGUAGCCACACCAACACAGAUGUCAUGUAGUCCCCACAACCCAGUACACAUGCCCAGACUACCCUCCCCUGCCCAAAUGGUGCGUGGAACUCCGACACCCACACAGAUACCAAGAGGACCUCCUACACCAUCCCAGAUGUCUCCAUUCAGUCAACAGCAGCAACAGCAACAACAACAGCAACAGCAGCAGCAGCAGCAGCCGAAUGCAUUCCAUCCACAGCAAAACUGGGGCAUGGUUGGCAACAUGAUGGGUAUGAUGGGAGGCAUGGGGUAUGGGCCCAGACCAGGCAUGAUGAACUCUGGACCCAGCUGCAACCCACAUUACCCACAGCAGCACUGUGGCCCGGCGCCCCACAACUGUUGUGAUACACACCACCACUUCCCCGUCAACAUGCCCUCAAACAUGAAUGCUGUUGGAGGAUCUAACAUGAACCCGGUGAUGGGCCCCCUCCGCCCCAGCAUGGGACCCAACUUUGGGGAGAUGGUGAGGGCAAAUAUGUGUCGUCCCACAGACCCCUCAAUGUUCCGGUGUGGCCGCCCCCAGGGACUCACCCCGCAUCCACAGCAGCAAAUGGCACAGCACCAGCCACAGCAGCAGGCAUUAUCACAGCAACAGCAGCAACAGUCACAACACCACCAGCAGUUACAGCUACAAGCACAGCAGCAGCAGCAUCAGAAUCAGCAAAAAUUGCACCAACAUCAGGCUCAGCAGCAGAAACGACCAAUGCAGUCACAGGACCAAGGACAGGCCCAGCAGCAGGGUCCUCCUCCUCCUCCCCCACCUGGCAUGAUGGUGCCUGGACCCCACAUCAUGGCCAACAUUAGAGGAGUUGGGCCAAAUCACCCUAACAUCAUGAACAACAUGAUGCGUGGGAUGAUGAUGCCUCGAGUUCCUCCUCCAGGGGUGAUAUCAACACCUCAAAAUUCCGGUGAUCAACCUUCAGUUCCUACGUCAUUCUGGGAGGAGGGAGAGAAGCGGCGCAAGCCCGGAGGAAGAGCGAAGAAGCGCUUCAAGGGCGCUAUAGAACGCUCAUCCCCAUGUCCCAAUGUGGACGUCCGCAGCAUGCAGAAUGACCAGUCUGGCACAGCAAGUAGUGGCCAAGGCGGUCCAGGUCCUCCUUCCUCAGGACCCUCCUUCAUGGAUGACCCAAGUGGUUACCUUGAACAGCAAACUGCCCUACUUAACAACACUAUGGCUGGUGGGGGAAUGGGUCAGUUUUCACCACAGGCUCCUGGUAUAUCUCCAAGACCUCCAGCUCCCUCAGCAUCUCACUCUGCAGCACCUCCAACCAGUGUCAUGAUCAUGCCUCAGCAGCAGCUCCAGGCACAGUCUCAGGCAGGACCAAUGGGUGCCAGUAACUGCUCUGCAUCCCUCACAGCUCAGGUUUCAUCAUCCCCUGCAGUAGUCCCUCUACCUAGCAAUGUUCCUUUACCAGCAAGAGUGAGCAAGGCUGCUACUCAGACCACCAACACCGUCAUGACAACACCCACUGUCCUUUCUUCACAGUCAAGUCAUACCAAUUCCACAAGAACUACCACACCAACCUUUUCAUUACCAGUUACCAGCGCUGCAAAUCCUAAAAAUCACCACAUUAUUACUCCAUCUAAUGACGUUAAAAAUGUUAACAUGGACAAGAGCAGCAGUCAGUCAGAAGGAAGCACAGGGUCGAGUCGGAAUGGUGAGGAAGGCAUAAACUUCCCAACCAAAGUUGCCAAGGGAGAGUCCAGUAGUGUAGUGCAGACCACCACUGUAACCUACACUCAGUCAUCUACUCUUACCACUGUCACAAAAAUUACAAAUACUGGUGCAGUUACCACACAGGCUGGCUGCUCACACCAGAGGGACAAAGAUACCAAACAAUGCUUCAAGACAGAGGACAACUCACAUAAGAUAAAGUGUGAAUCUAAUUCACCGGUAGAAAACUUGAAGCCUUCUCCAGUUACAUCAUCAAGUAUCAAGGAGUUCAUUAAAGAUGAUCCUUGUUAUAAGGAGAGUGUUGGUGUAAAGCAAUGUGAGAGUGGUGAGAGCAGCCCGGAGCAGUGUUCCGUCAGCAGCCAAAGCAAUGCUGCUGAGAACAUUUCUGCCAACAAGCCUCUUACUCCUGGACCACCUGGUGUCAGUACUGUAGCAGGAGUCACUCAGUCCCCCUUGGAAAUGGUACAAAGUAUAGUUAGUAGCAUUCCUGUCCCAUCAUCCCUUGGAUCUCUUCGCCCAAGUCCUCAGCAGCAGUCAAUGUCACAGAUCCCACCUCCACCACUCUCACAACCUCAGCAACAGCCACAGUUGUCACAACAACAGCCAACUCCUGUUCCAGUCUCAUUGUCUCCUGGUAUAUACAAUGGACCAAUAUCAACAAAUGUAACAGUUUAUGGGGGAGGAGGAUCAGGAGGAUUGGUUCGUGCUUCAGGGCCUGUGCUGGUGAAUGGACCGGCUCCUGCCCAGCCUGUAUUUGCAACAAGCAGUGGAGCCUGUAAUGGUCCAACUAGCAUGGUGGUGGUUUCAUCUCCCUUCAACAAAGCCACUGCUAGCACUGGUGUAGCUGUCACGUCUGGAGUGGCAGGAGUGGUGGGCGUACAAGCCACAGUCCCUCAAGUACAAGUGCAACAGCAGUUGACACCUAUGCAACAGCACAUGCAGCCUCAACUGCAGCCACAGUUACAGCCACAGCUACAGCCUCAAAUACAACAGCACCUCCAACCUCAGUUACAACCUCAGAUUCAGCCACAGCUUCAACAGUUCCAGCCUGUGCAGCCUGUGGUACAGCUAGUCAAUACAUUUGCUGCGAUGCAAACUCCUGUUAUCAUUCAAAAUGGUGGGAAUAUCAUUCAGUCAUCAGCAGGUCUUUUGCACAGUCCAGGAGGCAUGAUAACUGGCCCUGCUAAUCUUCCACAAGGAACCAUCAUGGCUGGCCAACAGCUUGUCCCAGCCACAGCUGCUACUCUGGCUGUGGAGAGCACAACACACCAGCACCACCAGCACCAGGCUCAGGUGGGGCAGCCACAGUCUUCACCUCACCUGCAAGUGGCCCAGGUCGUCACCACUGGGCUCACUGGGGAAGCAGUGGAGGAUGCGCGGACAAGAAAUGCUUCAACUCCUCUGGGAACUUCAGGUUCAACUCCCUCUACACCACACUCCACUCCUGGCUCUACCCCUGGGUCUGACACUCCCUCCAGCGGUGGGUCAUCAGGAGGGCGUCGCCGCAAACGGAGGCGCAACACUUCUACACCACAAGGAUUAUCUACCUCACAAUCAUCACCGCAACAACACCAGCAGCCACAAGGAGGAUUAGUGCCUGCAAUAAUUAUGGGCAACAAAGUUCCUCAGCACAUGGUAAUGAAUGGUCCUCACAUGACCCAGAUGUCUCCCUACGGCACGAUGGGAACAAUGGCUGCUGCCGGCCAGAUGGCACAAGUGGCCACAGUCACAAGUCAAGUAGGCGGUGGGCAGAUGCUGCAGGCAGCAGCUGCACAGGGAACUGGUGCCAUUAAUGUUGUCCAGAUGGUGGGCAACACACUACCUAAUUUGCCAGUACAAGUACAUAAUCCACCUGCAAUUGUUGUGGGCUCAGCACCAGCACAAGGUGUAGUAAUCAACCAGCUUGCAGAUGGAACAUUUAUAUCAACAGAUCCUAAUACUGGUAUGUCUUACCCAGUUCAGCUCCAGCUUUCUGGUGGUCACAUAGUUGGUGUGACUCCAGCUGCUAGUGCUUCAGGAGGGAUGGUGGGUCCCCUGGCUCCAGGACCAGCUGCUGGAGGUAUGCCAGCCAUGGUAGCAGUGCGUCCUCCUGUUCCUCACACGACAGCUGUGGUUAGUGGUGCCAAAGUGGUGAACAUCUCCCCCUCUCCAGCCUCGACACAACUUCCCGGUGGGGCAGGGGUGCAUGUUCUGCCGGUCACUGCAGCCCCUGCUAACUACCAAGCUGCUGGCACCAGUGUAAGUCCUGGACAAGCAGUGUGUGUAGGUCAGGUAACUGCACCAUCAGUGGUAGUGACUUCUGAAUAUGUUGGUGGUCAGCCAGUGGUCAUGAGUGGUAGCGCUUGUAACAGCAGUACAACAGUAGUGCAGCACAAGACAACUAUUGUGCAGCAACGCACUACACUUGUCACUACUCAAGGUGGUGAUGAAACUGGCACACAUUCCUCAGUUUCUACUCAGACACCAGGUGGGUUGGGGGAAAGUGACGUCAGCAGCUCAGACUGUGUGAGUGCUGCGGCGCCAUCCUCACCAUCUCACCAGAGUGCUGAGGUCACCACCACACGCCAUGAUGAAGAUGCCACUCCUCCAACCGAUACUCCCCUCCCACUCCCACCACACACUCCCGAGAAGAACAAAGCAGCUAAUCUUGAGGAGCCUCACAGCGCAUCCACUUCAGAAGAGGUGGUUGCGUGUGGCCGCGGAGUGGUGUGGGGGCCGCACAGAGGCCACCACUACUGGCCGGCUCAGGUCCUUCACCAGGUUGGUGGUGAAUGUGUGGUGCAGUGGUAUGGGGACCACCGCGUGGACACCGUCAAACAUUCCGUCCUCACCACAUUCCCCAUUGUCCCACCCCGCGCCCCGGCCAGACGCAGUGUGAGAGGAAGAAAUGCUCUUGAGAAAGCCAUAGCUGAGGCUCUCAAGAAUAACACAUCUGAUCUCCAGGAUUAUCAAGAACUUCAGCAAAGAAGUAAAAACAAUAAUAUAGAGUCUCCUGUGGGUGUGACUGCUGCCGAAGACGGCUCCCUGAACGGCCUGGGCGGCCGCCUCAAGAGCCGGGCCAGCAGCAAGGUAGCCAAGCCAGCCUUAAAGUGCCAGGAUAUGAAUGUUUCUCUUGUUUACCAAGAUACUUUAGGAGAAGCAAAUAGAAAAAAUACAAAUAAAGUAAAGACCUUGCCAAUGAGUGCAUCUCUGACUCUGCGAGAGUCUCCUUUGUCACCGACCCACCUCCUUCUCCCCACCUCCCCAGCCCUGGCCCCACCCCCCACCACCACCACACCCACCACCGUCGUGGCAGCUACAAGGUCCAGUCCAAGAAGGAGAGUUAGGUGAUAUACAGUUUUUCAGAACUUUAUAAGCCUAGAUCUGUAAAGAAAUAACUUUUAAGAUAAUGAAUUUUCAAAUCAUAUCUUUUAUUGAAUUGGAGGAACAGUAGUGAUGACAGUGCAUAUCACUCUUUAGUUGUGCCCAGGACUUGAGUAGGAGCUGUGUCAUUUAAGAGUACUAGAGGAUUUUUUAGACAAUGAAAAGUUUCUUGGUUUUCACAAAUUUUCAUUAUUCACUUGAAUUUUUGUCACAUUCAUAAAUAGAAAUUUAUCAUUGCACAAAAAAAAAGACAUCAUGCUAGAUUAUUUGGUGCCAUACAAGACCUGGUAGUCUGCAUGCCAGGUUCUCUCAUCCUCCUGCUGGAAGUUCCCAGAGAGAGAAUAAGGCAUCAAAAGUAAAAACUUUUGUUAUAUAUGCCUCCAAAAGGGGAAAAAAAUGUGCCUGAAAUAUGUACUAACAUAGAAGCAUGCAUAUUUUACAGUGAAGAUAAAGUAGAUGAUAUUCACAAGAAAAGAACAGUAGUUUAUGCUCUUCAUACUAAUAAAAAUAUUAGUUUUGUAAAAAAAAAAAAUAUUGCAGAAAUAUGAAUAUAAAUAUAUAAAUGGAACUUUUUUUUUUUUUUCUCUCUCUCCAUAUGAGGUGUAGCCAUCAGUUAUGGUGGUAGGAUAGCUUCGGUUCCUGCUGCAUGUCAUGUGUAAGGUGCUCCAUUUCUCAGGUUAGAUGCAGCUGAAUCUUACAGGGUAUAUGUGGCACUGCAUAUCAGACAGUAUGGCAUUGCUGCAUUGCAAAGUAGGUAUGGAAGUGUCAUCUCAUAGAUAUGACACUGAUUUAUCUCAAUUUAGUGGCACCGCUCCACCUCAGGGUUUGAUUUUGGGAUAGAUGUGUAUUAAGGCUCCAUGUUAUCAAUGAGGUGUAACACUCCAUCUCCUGAGUAGACACAGUCAUUCUGUGCCAUGAAAAUCUGAACAUUUUGUCUCAUGAGACUUGUUUGAUUUCUGCUGUCCAUCACAGGGAUGACACUUCAGCCCUUGAAGGAUAGCUCUCAGGGUCAUCACUUUGAAUUACCUUAAGAAAAUUUCCCUCAUAAUUUACAUCAUACAGUACUUUCCUUUUACAUUUCUAAUUUUGCAGUACAUUGACACAAUCAGACACUGCAGAGUUAUUUUCUCUAUCUGUCAUUGGAGACAGUUUUGAUCCUUUACCUGAUUAAGUAUCAUUGCUCAGCCUUCAGUAUGAGAAUGGCAUUGCUCUGUUCCCUGCUUUAGGUCUGAGGCUGCUAAAGACACAAAACCAUUUUCCCCGGCCUUGUGCCAGAUCUCGUCGCAGUUGUAUUUCAGCAACCCUCACUCUGUUAGUAUUACUGUGGCACAGCUCCAGCCCUCAAUAAGUUUGGGUUUACAACAAUAAACUAAGUGUAGCAUCACCCUUUCCUGUUGAGGUAUGCAACACUUCAUAAAACUUGUCUGGGUUCAUGUAGGCUGCAUUCAUUCUAUCUUCAGAGGUUUCAGUCCUAAAUGACCAUUAAAAACAGGCACUUCCUGACAGAACAUAUAUUACACUGAAGAACAAUGAAAACAAAAGUGAUUAAUUGAAAUCUUGGCUUGUAAAGUUCCUGGUUCACCUGACAUUGUAAAGUUAUAUAAUAGAGAUUGGAAAUAUUAAUAAUUCCACAAUUUGUAUAUGAAACUUAAGUAACUAUCAAAGCUAUUGUGGUAUCUGGAAUGUUUUACUAAUAUAAGGUGGUUAUGGUAAAGAAAAUCCAUUAGUUUGCCAUAUACAUUAUAAUAAUGUAUUGUACUGAGUAGUGUGUGUGUGUUUAUGGUGAACAUACUGGUACAUCAACAUUUAGGAAGCAGGCUGAUUAUUUUCUUUCAAGGUUCCGUGUCUCAAUACAAGAGAAGGUGAGGCGGGUGGUGGUUCCUGUGUGGCCAGAGAAGUGUCGGUGUCAGUGGUAUAAUUGUAUCCAAAGCUAUUUUACUGAGUUCUAGAAUUUUUAACUAACUGUAAGGUUUCUAAUAUACUUAUUAGAAACUUAUAUGAAUCUGUAGGGUAGAUGAGGCUUCAGAUUUUUUUUCAAAGAGAUGCUGCAAGAAUUAUUGAAGCAAAUUCUGAAUCCAAUUGAUUAACACGAGGGAUCGUAUUGGCUGUUCUGUAUAUAACUAUUUUUUCUUACUUAUUAGUUUAUAAAUUUUGUUAUAUAAAAAUCAAAGGUGGAUGUUUAAAGAAGAAAUUUCUAAAGUUUACUAUUCUCUAGCCAAGCUUAGAGUGGAGGAUAUGGACUGAAGUAAAGUAGCAACACAAAUCAAAACAGGACGGCAAAAGUGUUGUGUACGAGUAGGGUAAAUCAUAGAAGAACAUCCAUAUCUACUUGAUUAAUACUUACAUUUCUAUUGAUUUUACAAAGAUUUAAUUGUAAAUAAAUAAUUUUAUGCUUGUUAAAGACUAAUAUAUGAAUUGUCAUUGAUUAGUCAUUAGAUAUUAGUAACAUAACAAUUCUCAUGACUGUGAUGGUCGUCAUGGUUGAUAUCCUUUAUCUUCAUUUACCUUUAAUGUACUAUCUAUAAAGCAAAGUUUCUGUAUGUUUAUUAAAAAUAUAUUAGCAUUAAGUACCUGGAAUAGAAAAACAUACUUAAGCUAAGAAUUAAGCUUAAAGAAGAUAUUCACAGUAAAGCCUUAAUACAGUGGUGAAGGAUUGCACACGUCUUCCACUAACACCCAGCAGGCUUUCCAUGUUUGAAAUAGCAUCUCAUGUCAACACUCUGACUUACUUAUUUGUGAGAAAACUUGUAAAUCUGUCAUGCUGUUCAGUCAAUAAUUUAAGUUCAUUGAUUUACCCUACAUGUUAUCCCAGCAAUGAAACUCCAUAGAGGAAGCACCCCAGCUACACUGACUUGAGCCAGGUUGUGUUACACGUGCCAGGUAGUAUUUAGCCUCAACCUAUCACAACCCAGAGAGGAAGAAUGUCUUAAGGUGCCUUCAGUGUGCCAGUAUUAGUGGAAAGUACCCAUGUGAUAGUGCGCAUUUUUGUACACAUUUAGUGGAUUGUAUUUAUGAAAGGAUGACAAUAAAUGGUGAGUUUCCAGGUCAUAGACUGCAGUGUUGCUAACUACAAUUGUGAAUCAAAACUGUAAUACAAAGUUUUAUUUUACAUAAGAAGGCUUAAGACAAAGUCACUUCAAUCAAAUUUAUGUAAGAUUAUAUAUUUGUCCUAAUUGGCUGUAGCUCCAGAAGUCGAAGAAAGAUUUUAUUAAUUAUUUAAGUAUUUCAUUAAUUGAAUAAAUUUUGCGUGAGAUUUGAUCUGUGUACAUGAAAACUUGGCCUCGGAUAGAGUCCUGAUAUACUCAUUUUUUUCCAGAUUGUCUGUAUGUGUUCAUACACAAAUUAUCUUUGCCUCUUUAUAUCCAGAUAAAAUGCCUCGGCUCAUACCACUCUAGGCUCUCCCUUAGGUGAGGAAGUUGUGAUGAGAUCAUGGAAAUAUUUAUACUUCCGGUGAUGCCACUUCUCUGCAGUGCAUCAUUACACAUGCAGCCACAAUGUAAUUGAUGGAAUCCGGUGUUUCAUAUCAGUAUAUAUGUAAAACUAAAGGUUAUUGAUUUACAAAUAGUGAAUUGUUCAGAUUUAGGAUUUUUUUUUUUUUUUUUUUUUUUUUUUUUUUUUUUUGUCAGUCUGGUAAGACUCAAACUAAAAUUAUGUUAAUAUUGUGAUGAUGAAUAGUUGCUGUAUCAUCACCUAGGUGGCUGACCAGGCACAGUCUUGGUACAGGCAAGUUGGAAAGAAGUCAAUAUUUAGGAUGUCUGACUUGUCAAUUUAUAUACUUAUUUAUCCUCAGCAGUAUCCAGAAAGUGUUUAAAUGCAUUUCAAUAUAUAUUUUAUCAUAUUUAUCCUCAGCAGUAUCCAGAAAGUGUUUAAAUGCAUUUCAAUAUAUUUCUCACAAGUUUUCAUCAACAAAUAUUCUUCAGUGGUUUUUGAUUCAGUACAUAAUUACCUAAUUCAUUUUUAUAUGGCCAAUUUCUUUGCCAAAAUAAUUUAAUAACAUAACUGCUAAGUACAAAUUAUGUAUUUCAAGUUGUUUAACUUUUAUUUGCUUAUUUUGUUAAGUCCCAUUGAAUAUCAUAAGUUUCUGUAUAGGUGUAUCUUACUGCAUGAGAUUAUUAAGGGAUUGACUGUGGUAUGGGUUGCCUGGGAGGACAAGAUUGCCAUUUAUCUUAAAAGCAGUGAUUGAUAGAAGUUGCUGGAAUCCCAUAUAAGAAGUAUGUAUUAACUUAGUUACGCUUAUGUUUGGGGUCGUUUAAUGUUAUGUGAGUGGAAGGUGUAGUGACUUCUAUCAUUCUACUGGUGAUACUAUUCUUGUGUUAUGAGCCCACAUGCCAAAGACUAAACACCACAUCACAGGGUAAUGUGGUGGAUAUGAAGGUUUGCACCAUGUUGUAACUCUAUAAAGGUAAUAUAAAAGAGGAUGUGGUUUACAUAUUAUCUUUUUACAAAGGAGUAUUGCUUGUUUUUAACCUACUGCAGAUAUUGACCAGUGUUGCCACAGUGUACAAGUUGUUUUGCUUAUGAUGGAUCUGUGUGAGGAUGAGUGGUAUAUAUAGAGAGAAAGAGAGUGAACUCUAAUGUACAAAUUAAGUAGUGAUGUGUUGUAUGGAAUAUAUAUUUUGAGUCAACAUAAACCCUUGAAGGUCAAAGUUGACUAUAAAUAUUAUUGAUUUCAUUAAUGUAUUUAUGUAGUUACAAAUAACAGGAACUGGAUAAGUCAUUCAAUGUUGCAACAAGCCCAGCAUUAGAUUUUGUUUUGCUCCUGGAAGUGAUAGUGGCCUGGCUGCCAGCAAGAGUAGGAGUCGAGGAUAAUACACAUGAGCAGCUUCCUAGCUUUGUUGGUCACUUCCCAGCCUGGGAGUGUCUGGUGCACUGACUGGCAACACUUGUUUUCUGCAAGCCAAAGAUGCUCGUUGAGUUGCUGUACAGGUUCAGGUUGUUCGAGCUUAGACUAGAAAUAGAGAAGUGUGGUUUAUAUUGUGUGUACAGAAGAAUUAUUAUAAAAUGGAAUUCUUAGAUUUUGAAAUGAAGAUAACGUCCCAGUUUUUGGUCAGUAAUGGACCUCUUGUUAAUUAACCACCAAGUGGUUUGUUUCAUGUUCAAAUGCAUUAUGGGUGUGUAUUCCCAUUAGACCACACAGGUCUUAGUAAGAUGUAUAUUUUGCCUCGAUAAAUUAUAUUGGGAGCCACACACAUGUUGAACAUUGUUGUCUCACUACCUAUUUCCUACUGACCAGUCUGCAGAUUAAAAUUGAUCUACACUAGUUUAUUCAAAAUAUUAUUUUUUUAUUAUGUUAUUUAUUGUUUAAUUUGUAGGUAAGCUUAAAUGUAUGCUUUGUUCAUUUAAUUAAUAAACAAAUCCAUACAAAACAGUAGAGUGAGAAAAACUGCUGCAGACUGCAAAUGCCUUCUUUAUAACCAUUUUCCACACCAUCCUGGUCUCUGCCUUACAUCACUACAGCCAUUAUCUAGGACCUUACUAGUCAAAAUCUUAAUUAUCUCCACACAACAUCAUAUUUUUAUAUUUGUUAUAUAUAUUCGCAUACACGGUACAUAGCAUAAACCUAAAACAUUUGAAAGGGAGGAAUAUCAAAGUCCUUUGUCAGGAUAGUGUUAAGAUGUUUCUCAAAAUGGUCUUAGAUUAUUGAAAUAAUGAUGUAUAUUCAAAAAAUGUCAAAUAUCUUUUCUCUUUGCUUACUUUUCCUUCCUAACAUGCAUACUCUUCACCCCCAAAACUAACCCUUCCUUGGUAAAGAAGCGAUCUGUUUGUUGCACCUCUGGACACCCCGACCUAAGAGUUAUCUUGAUAUUAUACAAGUUUCCCUCCUUUUGCUUUAACAAAAUGUCAAGCUUUAUCCAAUACACAAUUUCAACUUCUAGAAUA